UAGUCACCUGACCAUCGCCAUUUGUAAAACAGACACAUACACGAACAUGAAGAAGUUAAAAUGAAGAAUAUUUUAGAACAUUUAUUGUGAUAGACAUUUAUUUAUACAUAUCCAGAGAAUAAGAUGGACGACGUUAUUGAAGAAUACAGAAAUUCCCUUGCGGAUCUCACGCAAAACAGUAAACCGUUGAUAAAUAUGUUGACCAUGUUGGCGGAAGACAACGAAACACACGCUGCAAAGAUAGUUCAAGUUAUAGAGACUCAUUUACAAGAGGUUGACGCGACAAAGAAGUUGCCAACAUUAUACUUGAUCGAUUCCAUUAUAAAGAACCUCCCAAAAUCUACUUACCCCAGUUUCUUCUCGCACAAUAUAGUCAACAUAUUUUGUAAUAUGUUUGAACAGGUAGAUGAAAAGACUCGACAGUGUAUGUUUAAAGUACGACAGACAUGGAAUCAACAUUUUGCCAGUAGAAGGAUGUAUGCCUUGGAUGUUAGGGUGAAUAACAUUGACCAUGCAUGGCCACUGACCGCACCGCCACCUAGUAUGUCCAGUAGUAUCCAUGUCAAUCCCAGGUUUCUUGCACAGCAAAAAGAAGAGCAAGGUUUACCACUACCUGAGGAACCAGAUGAAGAUGAUGAAGCUGAAAUGAGACGACAACUGAUUGCCAAGCAAGCAGAAAUAUUGAAAUUACAACAGAAAAGACUAGAAUUAGAACUGAAAGAAACUGAAGCACGCCUCAAAUCUCAGGUAAAAAUGCCUGACUCAUCAGAUUCAACUGACUUAUUUGUUGGUGUAGAAGCACCUGCUGAGGCAACAACUUCAAUUUCAAGGGAUCCUCGAAUACAAAGAGACCCUCGUCUUAGAGAUCCAAGAGUAUGCAGGGAUCCAAGAAUGAGGUCAAAGCCAGCACAGCCUGAACUUCUCCCAAGUAACGAGGAACAACCUCCAUUGACCUUUUUUGGUCCCAGCACUAAUCUGCCGUUGAAUCAAUUUGGCAGUCAAGAAUCUGAGCCUCCAACAUUGAUGAGUGAAUCCAUUAUGCCACCUCAAAUUAUACCUCAGCCACCCGUCGUAUCGUCUGGUCAAGGAAUGUUGCCAUUUCCAAUGCCUAGUGCGUUAUUGCCACACCAAAUGCAGACAGCGUCACCGUUUUUGUCUGAGUUUGGUAAUCAGAAUAAUCAAGCAAUACCAAACAGGAAACAGGAACCUAUGGAACAAAGCACAUUCAGUCCGAAAAAACAAUUUAAACCAAAGCCAGAUGUAGAAUUAAAAAAAGAAAAAAAUAGUCCAGAAAAAGUGCAUUCUAGCCCAAAAGAAUUAGAAAACCCAGUUAAAUUGAAAGUUGAAAAAAGUCUAGGUGUAUCACCAAGAAAAAAGAAAUUAGAUCCCAGAAAAGCUGCCAGUGAAACAAGAGCCAAAGAACCUAAGGAGCAAGAGGUCAAGAAUUUGAAAGUGAUGAGUAGUCAUAGUCAGGAAAAAGUUAGAAGCACAAAUAAUGACGCUAAGCCCCGCCAUGAAAAUCAUGACAAGGGCAGAUCAAGAAACAAAGAUAAUCAGGAUAAAGGGAAAUCGCCAAAUGACGAGGAAAAAGUUAAAAGUAAAUCAAGCCCUAGUGAAACUCAACAUAGCAAAAACAGGCGAACUAGGGGAGACUCAGAAAGUGACAAUCGGAAAUUAAGUGAAGAAAGAAAUGGAAAAAGUGAAAGCAGAGAAAGAGAAAAAAGUUGGAAAGAUACUCGAAGUAGAAGGAGUAAGUCCCCACGAAAGAGUAGAGAAAGGUCAAGGUCACCUGUCAAAGAGAAUGGAAAAGGAUCUAAAGUUCAGACACGUAGUAGUAAAAGUAGAAGUAAGACUGAUUUAAAACACGACAACAAAAAUCAGAACGAAGAACCCAUGGAAGACGCACCUAAGAUUGAACAAAGAAAACCCAUAUCAAGUUUGCCAAGGAUACCUAAGCGUACUGGUGCAGAUGUCGAUGAAAGAAGAAAGGAUAAAGAUCAAGAUGAUCGUCGACUGUCAGGGUCCAAUAAAAGGGAUCUUGAUGAAAGACAGGACUAUAGAGAUCGUGAAUCUGGUCGAAACAGCAAAAAAGCAAGAAUCAGUCAAGAAAGAGUUAUUCCUGUCAUGGAACCAGUUCACAUUCAUACCAAGUUGAAUGAAGAUUUAAGUGCCUUAUUUGGGAAUGAAGACCAAGAUUACAGACAUGCUGAUACAAUUUCACCUAGAGGGGGUGGGCAGGUAGGAUGGGCUAGAUACAAGGCUGAUCAUCCACAGGACUUCGACAGUCGUAGAUCAAGUAUAGAGGACAUUGAUCACAGACGAGAUCCACUUGAUCAGAGACACCAAGCACCCAAGCUCCCAAGGGAUACUGAUUUCAGAACACCACCAUUCAGUAGACCUCCAGUUCGAAGUCCUGGUUAUAACGAACCAGUGCAAAGGAUUGGACAGCCUCUCAGUUCUGAAGAGGAUGUACCACAGGAAUUGAGAAUAGAAAAUCGAGAACAAAUAUUAAGAAAAAUGGAAAUGAGAAGAAAGUCUGGAGAACUAAGUCACCAUGAACUUCAAACAGUUUUAAGGAGUUUAUCUGAAUUUGAUUCUCUGCAAGAACAAAAACGGCAUCACCAUCCAGGACAUGAACCACCUCUUCUAGAACCUGAAGUUCAUAGACGAGAUGAAAGAUUGCUGCCAACAAGACUAAACGAGCCUUUGAUGGAGUAUCACUCGCCAGGAAAAGCACCAAUACCUCGACAAAAUGAACUGUUGAUGGAGUACAGUUCUCCUCGAAAAGAUAGAAGUCACCAGCAUGAUGCAGAUGUAAGAAGAGACCAGUUUAGAGGACCUGAUAGACCAAAAGAUGACAGAGGUCCAAGAGAUGAACCAGCAAGACCUAGCUUACUUGGACCUGGACCUGGUCCCAGAUUAAAUAAAGAGCUGGAUGUUACUGGAUCUGAAAGAGACAGACCUAUUCCUGGUCCAGACCCUGUAAUGAAUUUUGAUGUUGACCACCGUAAGCCUGCUCAGCUGGAGAGAGGCCCACUUAUAGAUAGGAGACUACCUGAUAUUGAGGUAGGACUAUCCCCAGUAGAUAGACCCAAAGAGGAGAAACCAAGUCUCCUUGGCCCUGGACCUGCCAUUUUAAAAGAGAAAGAAUCACCCAUUGCCCCUAAACUGGAGCCUGUCAAGCAUGAGGUAGAGAAAAAAGAGAAAGUUUUUAAACCUUUAGAGAAGAAGGGAGAUGGUGCUGGACUGGCUGUAGGUGCAAUGUUGGAAAUGUUGAGAUCCGAAAAUUCACCUGAUAAUUCGCAAGAUGUGCCUAUGCCUAAGCCUGUAGUUCCAGAUGCUCUCAAGGGUCCGCCAAAAGAUAACCGUGAACAAAAAACACAAAGGGGAUCUCAGAAAGAUGAAAGAAGAUCAAAAUCUCAUAGAGAGCAUGGCAGGAACGAAAGUCAUAGAGAUGAAAGACGCAGAGACAGGCCCAAAGACGACAGACGUAGAGAUGCUAGAGAAGAAACUCGUAGGGAUGCUGCAAGAGAUGGAAGUCGUAAGGAUAUUUCAAGAGAUGAAAAUCGUAAAGAUACACCCAGAGAUGAUAUUCGUAGGGAACCUCCAAGAGAUGAAAGAGUACCAAGACUAGUUCCUAAACCUAUUUAUGACCCUGACAGAGAUGACAGGUGGAUGAUGCCAGGAGGGGUAAGGAUAAAAGACGGUGUACUUAAUAUAUUCCCUGAUGGCACUGAAGAAAUUGUUGUAAAUGGUCAGCCACAUCCAUACAGAAUGGGAGGUCCAAAGCGUAUUAUUCCUUUUAAAGGGGAUCAGUUGGAAGCGUUCAUGGAACCAACAAGGAGAAUGCUACUCAUAAAUGGUACUUCUGUGUACAAAGUUGCGGACCCAGUGAAGGAAGUUCAGUGGGGUCCAGGUCCAAAUCAGGGAGCUCAAAUAUUUUAUCACGGAAAUCCCAGGAAUAUGUGGCUUGAUGGAUUUUUGUACAAUUUGCGCAUAGAUGCACCACCAAAAAUAAUCAGAUUCCGGGAUAAGGAACAUACAGUUUUGAUAGAUGGGCGAGAUGGAAUGUUAUUGAUAGACAAAAAAGAAUAUGGAACCUAUGGUGGGAAGCCAAGAUUUGUUCGUUUGGAUGAUGAAAGGGUAGAAAUGAGAUUUACUCCUCCCCCUAAAAACAUAGUCAUCGAUGGAUUGCAAUGUCAGAUAAGACUUGAUCGUAAAAUUCCUUUUAUUGUAAUGGAUGAUGUAGCACGGGGUAUACGAUUUGAUGGACCACCUAGAGAUGUAAUAAUAAACGGGCAGAAGUUUUUAAUUCCCACAGACAGGGCAGUUGAGGUCUGCAUUGAUGGAAUAUUUCAUAUGGUAGCGUUUGGAGGUCCCUCUCAUGAAAUUAUUAUCGAUGGAAAUUGGUACGAGUUACAGUUUAAUGGACCCCCAAGAGAAAUAACUGUAGGAAAUCAAAGGCUCCUGGUUGGGCUGCCGUGUCCACCACCUGAUGUGAAAAUCUUGGACCCAAUUGAGAAUCAGAGCCUUAAAGAACCUGAUGUUGAUAAGAGUGGAAGCAAAAGAGACAAGAGACGUGGAUCAGAUGACAGGAACUCACCAUCAUUUGGCCAGAAGAAGCCUAUAUCCAUAUUAGAUUUGGAUAUUGCAAAACCUCCAGGACUAAGGAAUAAGGAAAGAUUAAAAGGAUCACCUCUGUAUGAUGAAAGGUCAAGAAGUCCAGAUAGUCAUAGAGACAGAGGAAGACGAUCACCUCAUCGGAGACGCAGUCCAGACAGAAGAGGAGGCUCUCCACAAAUUAAUGAUCAGUUUAAUGGACCCUCAAUAAUUCAAACUGGUCCACCUCAGCCUGGACCACCGUUUGUACCAGGUCAGCCAUUUAAUCAAGGAGGACCAAAUCAGCCAUUCCAGCCUAGACCCAAUCAACCAUUCCCACCAAAUCAGCAGUUUCCAGGUCCAAAUCAGCCUCAAUUUCCAACAGGACCAAAUAUAAGAUUCCCACCAGGUCCUAAUCAACCACCAUUUAUGCCUGGUCCAAAUCAGCCAUUUCCAUCUGGACCAAACCAGAUAUUUCCACCAGGUCAAAAUCAGCAAAUGCCAGGUCCCGGAGCUAUGCAACCUUUUCAAUUGGGCGCAAGGCCUAUGAUGCAAGAUGAAGGUUCUCAGGGUCCACAUCCAAUGUUUCAACAAGGUCCUCAAGGCCAGCCAUUACAGUCUAUGCCUGGUAUGCCACCAAAUAUGCCAGUGAUGAGUCAGUCUAUGCCUAUGCCCGGUCAGUCAAUGCCUAUUCAAGGUCCACCAGUUUCAGUUGCAGGUCAGCCGUUGCCAGGGCAACCAAUGAUGCCACCAGGAUCUGUUCCAAUCAGUGUCAUGAAUCAGCCAAUUAAUCCAGGUAUAAUGAGUCAACCGCUUGGAGGACCACCAAAUUUGAUGCCUUCCCAACAGCCACCAACACUGCAACCUGAGCCAUUGAAUGUUGAGUCUUUACUGCAAAGACUUAUCAAAGUCGGUCUAAUUGCACAAUCUGGGGAAAAGGCAAAAGAAAAGGAACAAGAAAAAGAAAAAGAAAAGGAGGAAAAGAAAUCAGAGAGUGAAUCGCCACAGAAAAAAGAUGAGGAACCAUCCGAUGGGAAAGAAAAAAAGAAGCCAGUGAGACUUAAGCUUUCAAAACCUCAGAAGAUUCCAGACUUAACAGAAAUGAAAAUAAAUAUUCUUAAAAAGCAAUAUAUAGGUGUGAUACAGAGGAUGUACUCUGGUAUCCAGUGUACGUCAUGUGGUACACGAUUCAUGGCCUCACAGACAACACUGUACAGGGAACAUUUAGACUGGCAUUUCAGACAGAAUCAGAGAGAAAAGAAGGGAGCUAAGAUUUCAAGAUACAGAUCCUGGUUCUAUGAAUUGGAUGAUUGGUUAGAAUAUGAAGAUGUUGGUGAUUCAGAAGAGAGAGCACAUUCAAGUUUGUUUGAGCAACUGGCAGCACAGGCACAAGAGACACCAGACAAAGAGUCUGCACUACCUCAGGGAGAAGACAUUCUUCAUUGUCCUGCAGCUACAGGGGAGGAUUCUGCUGAUGUCUGUGUUGUGUGUGGAGAUGUUUUUGAACAGUUCUUUGAUGAGGAAUCUGAAGAAUGGCAUUUAAAGAAUGCAUUGCGAUCUGCUGGCAAGACCUAUCACCCGGUGUGUUAUGAGGAUGCUCAAGAAAAUUCUACCCCAAAAGAAGAUCCUGGCGCUAAUCCCAUGAUGUUACAAAUACAGAAGGAACUUGGAAUGAUUCCUGCGGACACUGUUGUCUCAUUUCCUUCAGCUAAUGUGAUCUCGGUCUCUCAACACGAUCAUACACCCAAAGAUAUUGUUCCUGAUAUGCCACCCGAAACGGAAGGUGAUAGUACUGCCAAAGAGGAGACAGCUCCAUCAUGACCCGAGUUGAAAAAACAAAACUAGUCAUUCCUAAUCUGUGAUUCUGUGUGUACUCUUUUAUAGAUAUUGUGAAAAUGUUGAAAAAGAGUUGAUAAAGAGAGAAUGGUUUGAAGUGCUUUCCAAGAUUUGAAAGAUGAAAAUUCAUUGCUAGGCAAUUUAUAUGAUUUCUUGGUGCAUUCUAUGAAUUGAUCAGGAAGUCACAUUGCUAGUGAACUUGGAAACAGAAACUACAAUGCAAUAAUAGGUCAAGAAAGAUCACUUGACUUACUAGCUGGUUCUUCGAAUGGAUCAGGUAGUCAUAUAUGGUAGACAGUUUAGACUUUAGGGAUACAGUUUUAAACUGGAUGGGAUUAGCUCUAAUGCAAAGAAUUUAAGUGUAUAGUGGACGUAGCCGGACAUUGCAGUAACUAUUUAAGUGAUGACAACUAGACUUUAUUGGUCCGUUUAUAAUGUAAUGGUCAUAGUAUGAUGAUCUACUCUCAGCUCAAAAUGUUGUACAUGAUAUUUUUCAUUUUGUUUAUAACAAAUUUUUGUUUUGAAAGCAUUGACUGUUAACAUUUUUCUUUUUGAGGUCAGUUUCUGUUGAUUUUGUAAACAAUAAUUAUUUGUGAAAAUUGUGUCACAAACUUGUUAUAAUAUUAUACUGGUAAUUCAUGUAAAUGGCUAUGUAAGAGGUUUAUUGUGACAUUCAUUUAUCUUGAUUGUUUAAAAUGUUUAGAAAACAAAAGUUACAAAAAAAUGUAAAAAUAUGAAAAAAAGGUGUAUUCUGAAGAUGGGAUGCUUUUGGCUAUUUGAUUUUUAGUCAGUUUAAAUACAUUCUUUUCAUUGCACCAUUUUCAUGAUCAUUUAAUUUCCUAAACAUGAUAAAGAUUCAGUAUAUUUUGUGGUUUUGAAGUCGUUUUCCUGGAAUGUGAUAAAAAUUGUCCUUUAUGUUGAAAAGUAAAAGCACAAAUGUGGCACAUGUAGUUGCACAUUAUGGCGAGGGUCACAAGAAUGAGAGAGGCAAUUAGAAAAAAGUGUAAGGAACACAUACAAGAAAAAGGAUAUAGGCAUUUACAUUCAUUUCUCAUUGUCAUUCCGCAAUUAAGUGCUAUGAAUUAAUUUAUUUGUAUAAAGUUUUGAUUUGUAAAUUAUUUUUGUUGAAGCAUAAGUUCAGAAAAUAUUUCAGAGCUAUUCCUGGAGCAUGUUUACCAUGGGAAAAAAAAUUGCAAACCUCUUUCUAGUGCUCUCAUUAUGAAUUUAAAAUUAUUGUAUCAAGUUAAGAUUCAGUCAGAUUGUAUAGCCAUCUGUAUCGAUUUUAAAUCUGUUUUAAAAGUUCCAAAUACAGUAUAUCUAUGAGAGCUAUAGAAUAGUUACGAUGAGAAGUGUGUGAAUUGGGCAUUCUUACUAAAAAAAAAAUAUAUUGAUGUCUGUUUUCUGCCUCAAGUCAUAAAAAAUAGGGGUGUUUGGUUGGAUACUUUCCUGUUUAAUGUUGACAAAAUCCAUAAAAAAGUACAUGUUUUCUGAGUCUGAAUCAGAUUUACACAAAGACUGAGUAAUUCAUAUGCAUUUAUGCAUGAAGGUACUUUUUCAAUGUUCUGAGAACUUUUUUCACUCAUUUGGUUUAUCUUAUUAUUUUAUAGCAAAAAUAGAAUUAGUAGUUUACUCCAAAGUUGUAAAUCUCUAUUUCUUAAAUAAUUUUUUGGAAAGGCAAUAACUUUACAGGAAGGUGAAAAAAUUUACCGUUGGUUUGGGAGACAGAAAACAGACAAGUUUGUUUUUUUGUUUUUUUGUUUUUUUGCCUGACAGGAAGUGCAUGAAUUGGGCAUUCUUACCCAAUACUUAAACGGUAGCAGUAUUAUGUAGGGUUAUUUUUAGACAUUAUGCAUUGUUGCAACACUUAUAUGGUAUGAUUACAGAUUAUAAAGAUUAAAUUCUUGUGAUAACGCCUUUUUGUUGGAAGCGAUUUUGCUUUGAUCGUUAUACAUGUUAUAUUGAGUUUGUUGGAAAACAGUCUCAGAAUUUAGAACUUUCAUUACCGAAAAAUCAUUUGUUUAUCAAGUUCAAAAUAAAAUCAUUCAUUUAUCAAGUUCAAAAUAAAAUCAAUCAUUCAUUUAUUAAGUUCAAAAUAAAAUCAUUCAUUUGAAAAUUUUGUGUUGCAUUAUUUGUAAAGGGGUAUUUGGAAAGUAUUUACUAGUAUUUGUUUUUUAAAUUUAUAAAUUGAUAAAUUCAAGUAAAGUAAAGUUAACUCAACAUUUCUGACAAAGAGAGAAAAAAAUACUAAUAUUGAAAAUUUUUAUAAUAAAAUUAUAUUUGAUUAUAAAGAAUAAUUUCUGUGUCAAGGUAGAAUCAGCAUUGUUUUGGUAUGAAUUAAGUAGACUUACAUUUAAAAGUAUUUGGUAUAACAACGUGCAAUAAUGUAAGUAUGGAAGUAGUUAUUUGAAGAGUUGAUUUUUUACUUUAUUUUUAUACAUGUACUUGCAGUUGAAAACUCAUUUUAAUCAGACAUUAGUAGUUGUCACAAUAUUUCAUUUUCACAAAUUCAGAGUUUAUUUUUUCAUGUAUUUUUUUUCCAUUGUAUGAAACUGACUGUGAAUGUAGGGUGAAUGUGAAUUAUUUUAGAUACUUAAUGUUUUUGUUUUACACUGAAUGCUUUAAAUAAUUCGGCAAAGAUAUUUGGUUGAAAAAUCUAUUAUUUAUUAUCAGAGGAAAUUUAUUUUUAUAUAUACUUAGCCAGCACUAAUUUGAUUUGAGUUCUUUAUAUUUUCUGGUGUAAUUUUUUUAUUAUUUUUCCCCCGAAAAAAUAUAUUUAGACAAAUAGUAGAUAAAUAACUUAAUUCAACACUAUGAUUAUGAUUGAUAGAAAUAAUUUUUGAAAAAAAACUUAAAAUUUUUUAUGAUAUGAAAAUUAUUGUUGAUAAUAUCUUUAUAGAAUUUUGAGAUUUAUUCAGUAUAAAGAAAAAAACUAGGUAUUAAGAGUAAAUUGUUGUUUUAAAUGAUGAGUUCGAAAGUGUCAGUUAUUUUAUUGUUGUGUUGAUUGAAAGAGAGAAUAUUUGCUGUGAAUGAAAAGUAGAUUAUGUCUGUAUGUUGGUAUAUUUUUUACUAUCUUAUCCUUCACAGGAGGCAAUAAAAGGAUAUAAAGUUGAUAAA